AUGCAGGAUAGACACAGGACAAGUUUCACUCAGAGCACAAAGGCUCCAAGGACACCCCCUUCAAACCCCACAAUGGCCAGGCCUACGACGCUGGGCCUGCUGGUUUCCCCGACCAGCCACGGCCUGCCAACCUGUGUGAUCUGCGUGUGCCUUGGUUCCUCUGUGUACUGUGACGAUGCUGACCUAGAGGACAUCCCUCCUCUUCCCCAGACAACCGCUUACCUGUACGCCAGCUUCAACCGCAGCAGCCAUAUUCGGGCUGGAGACUUCAAAGGGCUGACAAAACUGAAGAGGAUUGACCUCUCUAGCAAUUUCAUCUCCUCCAUCGAUGACGAUGCCCUCCUCCUGCUGCCUGCUGUGCAGGAUCUGAUCCUCCCUGAGAACAAGCUGGCAGCGCUACCUGCACUGCCCACUGGCAUUGAGGUCCUGGACAUCUGCCUGAACCGGCUCCAGAGCUCAGGGAUACAGCCUGAAGCCUUCAGGGCGCUAGAGAAGCUGCAGUUCCUCUACCUGGCCGAUAACCUGCUGGACUCCAUCCCCAGAUCCCUGCCCCUGAGCCUGCGCUCACUACACCUGCAGAAUAACAUGAUAGAGACCAUGCAGAAGGACACCUUCUGUGAGCAGGAACACAAGCACGCCCGGAGGCAGCUAGAAGACAUCCGCCUGGAUGGCAGUCCCAUCAGCCUGAGCCUCUUCCCCAGUGCCUACUUCUGCCUGCCCCGGCUCCCCACAGGCUGCUUCACCUAA